AUGCCCAUUUUCGUCAUUUCACCUCACCCCCAACUUCCCCUAUAUAAUCACCCCCACUUCUCCUUCUCCUCUCUCCCGUGCCUUCUCUCUCUCUCUCACACACAACUCAAACCUCCAUUUUCAUUCACACAUUACACGCACUAACAGUAACGCAAAACACCUCCAAUUCCGCUCAAUUCGCGCUUCAGAAUGGGGUUUCCGGUUGGAUACACUGAUUUAUUCCUCCCGAAAUUGCUGGUAUAUUUGCUAACGGUGUUAGGAUUUGUGCGGAAAUUCGUGUACGCUCUUCUAUCUCUAUUAGGGCUGGGGGAUUUCCUGGAGCCGGAAACAGCGUCGUACGCGUCGCGCGAGGAGUCCGGGGCUGAGCCGAGGUCGGUGUCGGCGGCGCUGAUUCGGGAGCUGCUGCCGGUGGUGAGGUUCGCGGAUUUGGAGGAGGAUCUAGACCCGCCGGAGAGCUGCGCGGUGUGCCUGUACGAGUUCGGCGGCGAGGACGAGAUCCGGCGGCUGACGAACUGCCGGCACAUAUUCCACCGGAGCUGCGUGGACCGGUGGAUGGACCACGAUCAGAAGACGUGCCCGCUCUGCCGGACGCAGUUCAUACCGGAGGAUAUGCAAGAGGCCUUCAACGAGCGCCUCUGGCUCGCCUCCGGCAUCUCCGAUCUCUACGGCGACUACUCGCCGAUUACUGCUGGUUUGUAGUCAUUUUUUGUGUUUUUGGGUAGAUUCAGGGUUUUUGUAAUUUUUCUUUUUUUCUAGUUUUUUGAUUGGUGGAAGAAGGAGAUGAUGUUGGGGUUUCGUAAUUUGGGAUGUGAAAUGUAAAUGUAAAUAUUACAUGAAAGACAAGUUGGUAAAAUAUGGGAAUUGGAAAUGAAAGAAGAACAACAUUUUUCUUUUGGGAUCAA